AUGACGACAACAAAUACGUUCGAGUUUGAUAACGAAUUUUAUAAUUUUGAUAACGCUAAUGAGUUUCUUGAAAACAUAUCGGGGGCGGUAUCAUCUCUUUCACCUUUGAGUGAAGAUGAGCAGUUUAAGAGUUCUAUCGUUGUUGAUAGCAACUGGGCGUCAGAAGGUGUUAACCAAAAUGAGAUAUUUCGUAAUAAAGGUGGUGAUGAUUUUAAUAUAAUAAACCAAGAAUAUAGCAAUCCAAGUAUAAAUAAUGGUGAUGGUGAUAAUGCUUACUUCAAUUUAGAUUCUAAAAUAGGAACAGAUAUGAAAGCACCCAAUAAUUUGAUCUCCUCAUCUAUGUCAAGCGGGACAUACUCGCAAGAUUCCACGAACAAUGGAAUGACUCCAAUUAGCCAACACUCAUUGACAUCGGCACAUACUUCACCUGAGCUGCUAGUAAAGAUUGAAGAAAAUGAAGAUGCAAGUGGGAAAAUGAAAAGUUUGUCUACUUCGAAGAGUGCAAAAGUCACUAAGCCACAUAAAAAAGAUAAAAGCAGCCAUAAUAUGAUUGAAAAGAAGUAUCGUACCAAUAUAAAUUCCAAGAUUUUGGCUUUGAGAGAUGCAGUUCCUUCGUUAAGAAUCGUAGCUGGGAACAAAGAUGUUUCGAUGGCAGACUUAGAAGGAUUGACUCCAGCUUCGAAAUUGAAUAAAGCAAGUGUUUUAACAAAAGCCACUGAAUACAUUAAACAUCUAGAACAGAAGAAUGAUAUAUUGAAAGAACAAAAUACUCAAUUGCAGAAAUUAAUCCAAGAGGCUAAUUUACGUUCUCAGCCAAUACCCCAAGAGCAAGCGUUACCUUCACAAAGAGGUGGAUUUGGCUAUGUUCCUCCCCAGAAUGAGCAAAGCUUCAAUUCGACACCAGGGCAAGAUUUCGGUAGUGGCUCUUUUAACUUCAACAACCAAAAUGCUGGUAUGGGUGCUACAAAUCCAAGUUAUAACUACAAUAAAAUUUUACUUGGUAGCUUGGCAACGGUUAUGGGAACUUCAUUGAUGGCUGAUAAUGGUGGUGAGUUUAAAGGGUUAUCUGCUUUACCGUUUUCAGGCUUCCUCCCUUAUUUCAUAACGCACCCAAAUCAAAUGACUAUACAAUUGUGGAGCUUAUUAAAAGUGCUAUUGGUUUUUGGAUCUCUUGCUAGCAUAAUACUACCAAACUUAUUUAUUACAAUGCAAAAUGAUAAAAAAUCAGAUGAAGGAACCAUUAGGAUAUUGAAGUUUUGGCUUUUGAAUAGUUUAGGACUUCAGUUACCACAUUCUUUCGAGCAAGAGAAAGUGGAUAAUAUUUUGCUUUUACUAUCUGGAAAAUCUGAGGAAGAAUUCUCGUGGACUAAUCUUCUUAAGUAUUAUAUUUAUUUAACAUCAUGCGAAGCAACCUUCGAACUCUGCUUCCUAAACUUAAUUGUUGGAACUAUAUUAAGUAUCAAAUUUCCGUUAAUAUCCAAGUUUAUUAAUUACAACAUGACUUUAAAAGGCUCGCUUUUAUUGAAUUUCAAAUAUAAAGGUGAUAAUCAGUCAUUGAUGAAGCUAAAUGACUUGAUUCAUAAUUUAGAUGGAAUUUCUAUGCUAGGCUCCGCUUCUUUAUUGAAGAGACUUAUUAAUAUAGCAGAGCAUAAAAAUAUUAAUGAAGACGUCUACGAUGGCCAGAAUAAGGUUAAGUAUGUUGAGCUUUUCCAAGAAAAUAGGCAUGAUUACUAUAGUACUAUUGUUACUUGGAGAAUCUUGGAAAUCACACAUGAAUUGAACUUGGCCUAUUUGAAAAAUAUGGCCUCAAAUACUCAAGAAAAAUCGAAGGUCUUCAAACAAAUAACGGAUGAUGUUAAUAAAAUAGAAGCUAUUUUGUUAAAUGAUACGUCUACUACAAGCUUGAGAAAAUACUUUUCUCUAUUCAAAAGUGUGGUUGAGGAACAGUCGGCACCUAAAUUAUUAGGAAGAAUUGAAACUGAUGUUCAUGCAAGGUUAUAUAACUUCGAAAAUGCUACGGAAGAGAGCGAAUCAAUGAAUGAAGAUGUAUCUGACUUCUCUGAAGAAGACGAUGAAACAGACCAGACAACCAAUUACUCUGCUGAGACUGAGACACAAAUAAAUUCGAAGAUAAGUUCACGCAAGUCUCUAAUUAGCUCAUUAAGUUUAGUUUCAGAGGAACAAUUUAUCAUCUUGGCAAGUUCAUUAAUUCUAUAUUAUCACCACAAUAAUAAAACAAAUUCAAAAGAGUUGCUAAAAUAUUUGAAUUUUUCUACAGAACAAGCAACAUUAUCUUUAUUAUCUUUCACAGCAUUAUUAAAAAUUCUUACCAAGUUAAUUGAUCAAAAUGAAGAUUUUGACGAUUUUAAAAAUUCCAAUGUUUUGGAUAAAUUAAUAAGAAUUACAAGAUUAUGGAUCAAUGAUGACAAAAAGCAAUUUCUCGACUAUAAUUUGAGAUGUGAUUUAUCCGAUUUGAUAGUUUCUAAGGGUUUAAUUUUAAAUGGUGUCUUAAGCGAUGAGAAUGAUGAAGAAAGAGAAGAUAAAUAA